CUGAGAUGUGAUGUCACGCUCUGGAAAACACGCGGCGGUUUUCGAGCUCAGCCUGCCGGGACACAGGAGUGACUUCGCUGCGAUAAACCUCAUUACCGCCCUUAAAACCUGCUAGCAGCAGAGAUAGCGAACGGGGCUGGGAGCUGGCAGCUGAUGAAUGCCCGCGGGCUGGCGGCCGCGCUUUGGCUCGGGUGAAGCUUCGGGGAGCGCCGAGCGGGGAUCGGCCGCUGAUUCAGCCCAAGGGAGACGCUCCCGGCGGGAGCAGCGAGCCGGAGCUCCCCGACACCCUGGGCAGCAGCACCGCAAAACCGGGAAAAAAUUAGGAAUAAAGCAAUCCCACCGGCUGGAAUGUUUGUGCUUCACUCCGGGAUGGUGCUCGCUCCCGGCUCGCAGGAUUCCUCUCCUUCCCGGCUGCUAACUCCCCGUGCUUUUGAACUCAUCCUCGGCUAUCCAUAGGUGUUUUUCCCUUCCCUCCUGGAGCAAAGCCGAGCAGGAUAACCCGCUGCUUGUUUGAUCUGUCCACAGCAACCCGGAAUAAAAUCUCGUUUUUAAUGAAGCGCCGAGGAAAGCCGGAGCUCAGCACAAUUCCCUGCCCGCCGGAGAUCCUAAUCUCGCUUUGCCGGCAGAGCGGAGCGGGCACUGCCGCUCCAUGAGCCGGCAUUCCCGGCAGGGAGGCGAGCCCAGCCUGCUCCCGCAUCCCUGCAUGCGCCACUCCCGGAUCCUGCAUCCCUGGAUCAAGCACUCCCGGAUCCCGCACUCCCGGCUCCAGCAUUCCCGGAUCCCGCAUUCCCAGAUAUCGCAUUCCCGGAUCCCGCAUUCCCUGCUCCAUCAUUCCCGGCUCCAGCACUCCCGGAUCCCGCAUUCCCUGCUCCAUCAUUCCCUGCUCCAUCAUUCCCUGCUCCAUCAUUCCCUUCUCCAGCAUUCCCGGCUCCCGGGCUGCCCCGGCCGCCGAGGGAGCGAUGGAAAAUCCCUGAGCCGGCGCCUGGAAAACCCGUGCGGCAAAGGUGGGGAUUCUCGGCCGCCGCAUGAGCAGGUCCUGGCCGGGCCAUGGCCUGGCCACCACGGCUGCUCCUGCUCCUGCUCCUGCUGCUGCCCGGCCGAGCUCCGGCCGCGCGGAGCCGCGACUUCACCGCCAAGGACAUCGUCUACCUCCACCCCUCCACCACGCCGUAUCCUCAUGGAUUUAAGUGUUUCACCUGCGAAAAGGCCUCAGAUAAUUAUGAGUGCAACCGCUGGGCUCCGGAUGUUUACUGUCCCCGAGGGACAAGGUACUGCUUCAGCCAGCACAUGAUGAGGGCCAGCGGCGAGAGCGUGUCUGUCACCAAGCGCUGCGUGGCCCUGGAGGAGUGUCUGAGCACGGGCUGCACCUACAUCAGGCACGAGGAGUACAAGGUGUGCACGUCGUGCUGCGAGGGCAGCAUCUGUAACCUGCCGCUGCCGCGGAACGCCUCGGACGCCGUGUUCGCCACGCUGGCCCCGCUGAGCGCCGCCGCGCCGCUGGCCCCGCCCGGCCCCGCCGCACCGGCCGCGCUCGGCCUGGCGCUGCUGGCACAGCGCUGGCUCACGGCCGCAGCCGCGGGACAGUGA